AAAGUUAUUAGCUUAUGGUGAAAUACUGUUAGAGCAACUAUUAAAAAAAUGGAAUCUGAGGAGCAAGUAACAUCUAUAUCACCGAAAGAUGACUCACUGAAUGUGCUAUGUGGCAUAUGCAAUGAGUUUUAUAAAGCAAGUGAUUUAAUAUAUUCAACAAAUCAUUGCGGUCAUGUUUUCCAUAAGGACUGUCUGCUGCAUUGGCUUAAUCAGUCGCUAAGCUGCCCACAAUGUCGGGCCAAUUGUCAUCGUGAACGUGUUCAUCGAAUUUACUUGAACUUUGCAGAACGAACUGAGGUGGAUGACAUACAGCCGCAACGGCAACAAAUUGACUGGGUGCCGUUGAACCUGGAUGAGCCACAAGCACCACUGCCACCACUAGAAAAUGCUAUACAGUGCGGCACGGAUCAUGAUGGAAAUGAAACUUAUGUGGCGCGGGUCUAUCUACCUCAUAAUGGUACCGAUGAUUUGCUACCGGCAAGCUACGUGCCACAGCUGCAGGCUGUCUAUGCCGCAUGGAACUGCAGAUCUCAUCGACUAAACAAUUCGGUCGAGCUGCUGGUGGUAACUGAUUGUGACUACAAGUGGGAGCCCUCGUCGAAUGGCAAUGUACCACACAAUGGCCUAAAAUCCGGCUACAGCGAAUUAGGUGAAGGUCUCUAUACAGCUCGUGCAAAGUACAAUGACUUGAUGUUGCUCGGCAAAGUCCAUCCAUCGCAUAAACUGAUAUACAUGCCGUAUCGCCAUCAGGAGGUAAGCUCCUCAACAUAUGAGGUGUUGGUAAUAACGCCCAAAGAGCAAGCUGAGCGCUGAUUCAUUAAUUGUGUGAAUAUAUUAUACUAAACUGUAAUCUCUAUGGGGCACGACCUGUGCUUCAGUCUUUAUCUAAUUGUAAUUGUAUCUGUGUAGUUUUAUUGUUGUAAAGCUUUAUAAUUAUUUGUACACAUACAAUCUGUCAAAAACGCUUAUAUAAAUUACAUAUAAUAAUAAAACCAUUUAGAAUUUGUUUUCUUAAGAGUGAACACGAUAUGAAACAAGCGUCAAUGCAGUACAACGCAGAUUGAUGAUUUUUAAAAAUUCCCCCAGGAAUAUGGAGCU